AUGUUUGAAUGCUUCAAUCAGACAGAGACUCGGACCAGUUAUCCCAAUAUCUUUAGAAUCUUUACCCUAGUUUUAUACAUCAUACUUAUUAUACACUGGAAUGGCUGCAUUUAUUUUGCUAUAUCUAAGGGCAUUGGUCUUGGUGUAGAUUCAUGGGUCUACCCAAAUAUUACUGAUCCUGAAUAUGGUUACCUUGCUCGUGAAUAUGUCUACUGUCUGUACUGGUCCACUUUGACUCUCACCACCAUUGGGGAUACCCCUCCCCCUGUUACCGACAUAGAGUAUGUUUUUGUAAUUUUUGACUUUUUGGUUGGAGUUUUGAUCUUCGCCACCAUCGUUGGUAACGUGGGCUCCAUGAUCUCAAACAUGAAUGCAACGAGGACCGAGUUUCAUGCUAAAAUAGAUGCCAUCAAGCAUUACAUGCAGUUUAGAAAAGUAAGCAAGGAUUUGGAGGCCAGGGUCAUCCGAUGGUUUGACUACCUAUGGACAGUUGAAAAGACAGUGGAUGAAAGGGAGGUGUUGAAAAAUCUCCCCGACAAACUGAGAGCCGAAAUCGCCAUUAAUGUUCAUCUGGAAACUUUAAAAAAGGUUCGGAUCUUCCAGAACUGUGAAGGCGGUCUCUUGGUUGAGUUGGUCCUUAAGCUCCGUCCUCAGGUUUUCAGCCCCGGCGAUUACAUCUGCCGUAAAGGAGACAUUGGAAAAGAGAUGUACAUAAUCAAGGAGGGGAAGCUUGCUGUUGUCGCAGAGGAUGGAAUAACUCAGUAUGCUGUCCUCACUCCAGGGAGUUGUUUUGGUGAGAUUAGUAUCCUCAAACAUCGAAGGGAGUAA